ACCCGUCCCCACGAGCACUGUGUUCAUCUGUCUUUGAAUAAACAUAUACAAAGAUAAUGCAAACCACAAAAGCUUGCAUAUAUUUGUGGCGGAUAGGGUUCCACGGCAUCGCGUUAUAUACUACUUCCACAAUCCUCCCACACUUCAUCACAGAGAGAAACUCUUAGCUUAUACCGACACUUUUCAAUCCAGAAGAAAAAUGGCCUCCACAUCUGUAGCUGCCAUGGCGAGCGUCUCUUUCACUCACCAAAAACCAGCUGUGACAAGCCCACGGCCGGCUCUUCCCAAGGUGGGGCAGUCUCUUUUUGGCUUAAAAGCCGGUCAUAGAGGAGGACGUGUAAAGGCAAUGGCAACAUAUUCAGUGAAGCUCAUCACUCCUGAUGGUGAAAAGGUGAUUGAAUGCUCUGAUGAAACCUACAUCCUUGACAAGGCUGAAGAGGAAGGUAUUGACCUUCCAUACUCAUGCAGGGCUGGUGCUUGCUCUUCAUGUGCUGGCAAGAUCGUGGAAGGGAUUGUGGAUCAGUCUGAUGCUAGCUUUCUUGGAGAAGACCAGAUAGAGGCUGGUUGGGUUCUCACCUGUCUUGCUUAUCCUAGGUCUGAUCUUGUCAUCGAGACACAUAAAGAGGAAGAGCUUGCUUCAAGUUAGAUCUUGCUUUAAAUAUAUAUAUAUAUAUGUACAACUAGCAAUGUAUACUGCAUGUCUUCAUCUUUCUCGUUGCUCACGAGUAUUCUCAAAGCGUUUGCCUUUUAUUUUAA